AUGUUGGGAGCAGGUCACACAGGGGAUGCUGCCCCUCCGCCGCCCCCUAAGUCUAAGGGUUUGAACUUCAUGUCUAAAUUUGGUCGUUCGAAGAAGAAGGAGAGCAACGGAACAUCCAAAUUUGUCGAUCCUCAUGCGGUUCAUGAUUCGGGAAAAGCGGGAAACUCUCGCCUUGAUGUAAUCGAUCAAUUAGACAUUUCCGGACUUACUGGUGGUUCCUCGCCUAUCCGUGCAUUUGAUCGUUCCGUGGAUCCUGUGACAAAGGCAUUGCUUGAGUCGCAUAAAAGGCGUGAGGCUGGUGAAUUUAUUGCCCCAACGGAUCCAUAUGAUGCAGUGAAUAACACGACUGCAUACCCUGAUCGCAACUUUGAAGCGUCUGACGAAGGCAUAGGGUAUGAUGCCCCUACUGAUGCUGAUAACCCGAAUGGAGAAUACUUUGGUGUGGUUUCUGAGCCAUGGCAAGAGUUUUCUAACCAGCAUCAAAAGCCGGCUCAGAAAUCGAACCCUAGCUAUUUUGAUGAGUCUGAUCACAAAGUUGCUGAUAUGGAGACUAUUCUGCGAGGUGGCCGCCGCGCGGAUCCUGACACCUCUAUGAAGGAGAACACCACUGUCUCCUUCUCGGAGGAUGUUGAUGAGGAGCCAGUUACACCUCGCAAGCAUAGCCAGUCUGUUGGCCGGUCCAAGAGCAUUCUUGGACGGUUGCGUCGCUUGCGCGGUGAGAGUGAAGGCGAUACUUCUGAGCAUUUGCUGAGGGAUACCCGGCAACGUUCCCGCGGUAGCUCAAAGGACCUUGGCCGUACUCAACCUCAGGCUUCUGCUGUGCCUAAUGAAGCACCAACUACGUACACGUUAGCUGGUGUUGAGCGGGUAUCAUCUGCAAAGGCCCCUUCGAACUAUACACCUUAUGACUCCACACUGAUUUCCGAUUAUUCAACACAAGGUGCUCACUUGACUUCUACUUCACCACCUCCAGUGCCUAAGAAAUCCACUCGCGGCUCAUCUGGUCAUAUUUCAUAUCCGACUCAAACUGCUGAUCCAUACUUGGAUGAGCAUGAUGCCGUAUUCACACAGUCUAGGAUUCCGCGAGCACUGCAAUAG